CUCCGCCCAAAAAUUUUCAGAGCCGCCCUAUACAUUUCCCUUACUCGGAUCUGCCACAAAGCUGCCCUAUUAGAUUUGUUUGCGGGCAUAGGGCCGCCCAGCUCUCAUCCUCGGCCCUGCCUCCUCAGCCAUAGGACAGUCCCUCACCUCGUCCCCUCCGUCCUGUAGGUGCAGCAGCCGGGGAAGCAUGGCGGCGGUGGAGAGCCGAGUGUGUGAGACUGAAGGCUGCAGCAGUGAGGCCAAACUGCAGUGUCCGACCUGCAUCAAGCUGGGAAUCCAAGGCUCCUACUUCUGCUCCCAGGAAUGUUUCAAAGGAAGUUGGGUGACCCACAAGCUCCUUCACAAGAAAACAAAUGAUAAAGUCAAACCUGAAGUCUCACCAUGGACAAUGGAUGAUGACGUAAAUACAGAUCCUUGGCCAGGUUAUCGAUAUACUGGUAAGCUGAGGCCACAUUAUCCAUUGACUCCAAUGAGACCAGUAACAAACCACAUACAGAGGCCAGAUUAUGCAGAUCAUCCUUUAGGAAUGUCUGAAUCUGAACAGACUUUGAAGGGUACCUCUCAAAUAAAAGUCCUUUCUCCAGAAGAUAUAGAAGGAAUGCGGGUUGUUUGCAGACUUGCUAGGGAGGUGUUGGGAGUGGCUGCCAUGAUGGUAAAACCUGGUAUCACAACAGAAGAGAUAGACCAUGCGGUACAUUUGGCCUGUAUUUCAAGAAGCUGUUAUCCAUCCCCACUGAAUUAUUAUAAUUUUCCUAAAUCCUGCUGCACCUCGGUAAAUGAGAUCAUCUGCCAUGGGAUUCCAGACAGGAGGCCUUUGCAAGAUGGUGAUAUUGUAAAUGUGGAUAUUACAGUUUAUAGAGAUGGAUAUCAUGGAGAUCUUAAUGAGACCUUUUAUGUUGGGGAUGUGGAUGAGGGAGCGAAGAGACUUGUUGAGACAACAUACGAGUGCCUAAUGCAAGCUAUAGAUGAAGUGAAACCAGGUGUCCGAUACAGAGAGCUUGGGAACAUCAUCCAAAAACAUGCACAAGCAAAUGGAUUUUCUGUUGUUCGAAGCUAUUGCGGACAUGGCAUCCACAAGCUUUUCCAUACUACUCCAAAUGUGCCACAUUAUGCCAAAAACAAGGCUGUUGGCGUUAUGAAGCCAGGUCACGUCUUUACAAUUGAGCCAAUGAUUUGUGAAGGAGGAUGGCAAGACGAGACUUGGCCUGAUGGUUGGACUGCAGUAACGAGAGAUGGGAAAAGAUCAGCACAGUUUGAGCAUACUCUUUUAAUCACAGAGACUGGCUGUGAGAUUCUAACACGUAGACUUGAAGAAAAUGGACGCCCUUAUUUUCUCUCUUAGCACCUUGUAUAGGCUUAGCAGAUCUGAAUGGCAUCUCUACCAAUCUGUACCAAUGCAUUUUUACAGGCAGAAUAUCUGAAGAGGGGGGAUUUUAUCAUGUCUGGUGUAACUCUGUGACAAUACAGACUAAAACACUAUUCAGGUUGAUCUAGUAAUCUAUUAAAGAACUCAAUGGUGUUUUCAGACAAGAAGGAAACAGAUCUUCAAAACGUUUUAAAUGCAGUUUGUUUCUCACUCACACUUGUCACAUGUAAUUUUUAGUUACAAAACUAGACUGGUCAUGUCCAUUUCUUGCCUUUUCUCUCCACAUGGGCACAAAGCAAAAUCUGCCAUGUUACUUGAAUUUGAUUUGGGGAAUCUCUGAAUGCUGACAAUGUGGUAUUUUUAAACUUUAUUCAAACUAUGCAUUUGUCUUAGCCACUGGUCUUUCCCAUUCCUUGUCUUAUAAUGAGUGCUUAACAUUUGUUACUGUAGCUUCAAAGUCCAGAAAAGCCAACAAUACAAAAUACAUCCCCUGCAGAGGAUUCCCUUCUGAAACCCACCAUCUGUGAUUUCCAAUACUUUAUAGAUUUCAAUGACUGUCAAAAAGCAGGCAAAGUAGUGGCAGUGGGUUUGACAACCACUGUAUCUGGAAAUACUUUACUCCAGCCUUCAUCACCUCCACAGAGCUGGUGAAAAAAUAGUAAACAUCCUGAUACUGCACCGUUUGUAUGGGUAACAAGUGUGCAGUACUGGGAAUUGGGGGGGGAGUGGUCAAGGGACAUAUCAUGUAUAGAUGGCUUUCUUUGUCCUUUAAUGUUUGCUUCUUAGCUUUAGACAAUGAUAUUACAAAAUAUGCAGGGUUUUCAAGGGAUAACGGACACUGACCUUCAUUUUUUUAUUUGUAGGAUACACACACACACACACACAUACUUUUGUUCUGGCAUCCAGGGACUAGCCUGAAUGACAGAUUGGCCAGUCAGUGGGAGAGGACUGAAAAGGCUUUUAUAUACAGUAGAAAUAUCUUAUGUUUGGCAGGGGAUUUCGUCAGACAGGUAUAAAAUCCAGGAAAGAAAAAACACAUUGCCUGUGGGAUUGCAAAAAAUUGUUGUUAAUUCCAGGAAAACAUAAAAUACAAGUUCUACUGUAUUGUUAAAACAGCAGAAGAACUCUGCUUUCUGGAGGCUGGUCACUUACACCAGUAACAGCUAAAAUUCUAUUAAGAAGCAGAAGCAAAUCAGUAACAAACAGCAGCACUCUGAUAAUGUUAGAAAAAAGCGGAAAACUUUUAAUUAAGUGCCACUGGCCAGUGACACUUAAUUAAAAGUUUUUCUACUUUUUUCAGACGUUACCAGAGUGCUGCUCAUUUGAUUUGCACUAUUCUACCCUGGCACUGCUUGCACCUGGGGCUGCAAAGAGAUGUGUACUCCCUCAUCCUAACCAUUUUUCCUUGUCCGUGUCUGGAAUUCGCUUUAAUCAGGUUGAGGAGCCUAAGUAAAUCAUUAUCUCUAAAAAAAACCAUUUUAACCAGGUCAAGCAGUUUUAGCUUUAAUUAUAAGAACAGUUCCCCUUUAAAAAUAUCUCAUCUGUUUUGAAAUAUCUUUGAGGACAAGCCAGAAUGCCCAAAAAAAUGUACUCAAAAGAACUUGAAAAACCUGCCUGUGAAGUUCUGGCAUGGCUGAAGUGUUGGUCAGUGUGAUGAACUGCCCAGAUUUGGCAUUGGCUGGAACAAUCUAAAGCUAACAAGGAAUUGAACUAUUGUAAGGGGCUAGAAAACAUGACCGUGCAUUCAGACUGGCAACAGGCACAAUGAACAUAAUUGCUAAUAGCAGACACAUACAGUUGUGCUCAUAAGUUUACAUACCCUGGCAGAAUUUAUGAUUUCUUAACCAUUUUUCAGAGAAAAUGAAGAACACAAAAACUUUUCUUUCAUUCAUGGUUAGUGGUUGGCUGAAGCCAUUUAUUGUCAAACAACUGUGUUUACUCUUUUUAAAUCCUAAUCACUACACAAACUACCCAAAUGACAUUGAUCAAAAGUUUACCCAGUUCUUAAUAUCGUGUAUUGCCCCCUUUAACAUCAAUGACAGCUUGAAGUCUUUUGUGGUAGUUGUGGAUGAGGCUCUUUAUCUUCUCAGACGAUAAAACUCCUGGCAAAAAGCCUCCAGUUCCUGUAAAUUCUUGGCCUGUCUUGCAUGAACUGCAUGUUUGAGGUCUCCCCAGAGUGGCUCAAUAAUAUUGAGGUCAGGAGAUUGAGAUGGCCACUCCAGAUCUCACUUUAUUUUGCUGUAGCCAAUGACAGGUCAACUUGGCCUUGUGUUUUGGAUCAUUGUCAUGUUGGAAUGUCCAAGUACGUUACCUGCGCAGCUUCCGGGCUGAUAAGUGCAAAUUUUCCUCCAGUAUUUUUUGUAUUUCAUCUGAAGUUAUUUGUGGAUUUUUCCUUGCAUCCCCAACAAAUUUUCUGGCGGUUGUGGCUGAAAUUUUAGUUGGUCUACCUGACCGUGGUUUGGUUUCAACAGAACCCCUAAUUUUCCACUUCUUAAUUAGAGUUUGAAUACUGCUGAUUGGCAUUCUCAAUUCCUUUGAUAUUUUCUUACAUCCUUUUUCCUGUUUUAUAGAGUUCAACUACCUUUUCCCGCAGAUCCUUUGACAAUUCUUUUGCUUUCCCCAUGACUUAAGCUGGCCA